CUAGGACUCCAUGGAGCCGUUCCCAAAAAGCUGGCUUGCCUGCUAGAGAGAGAGAGAGACGGGGGGGAGACGACUCUUUCUUUUCUCCUGAACUGGUACAUUGUUGAAAAAAACAGAGCCCCAUCAAUGCUAGGCAACGGGAGGAGGGUGGGAUGUCUCUGAACCGCCAGCAGCAGAGAGCAAGAAGGCGCUGCAGAGAGACACAAGCAGACUGACAAGCGCAGCUAGGCAGGGUCCAAGGGCUGCAAAGGUGACACAGAAGAGCCCACCUCCCUUGUGUCCGCAGGGGGGGUGUCUCUCUUUUCCCCUUUUCCUGCAGAUUCUGCCGCCCUGUCUCCUCCUGGCAUCGCUGCUUGGGGAGGCGUGCAAACCCCAGCCCCGUUCCGAGGAAGUGUUUUUCCUCUGCAAAAAAAAGGGGGGAAAACAUCUCCCCUUCUUCUGGUUUCUUGUGACUCUUAAGGUUUCCUAGUGCGACUGGUGGAAAGGCCUGGAAGAGGAGGAGGAGGAACAGGGAAGGGAGGGGGGCACCCCAGCACCCUUGGCAUGUGACUGCCUGCCUGAGCAAAAAGUGGCGAUUUUUUUUUCCGCCGGUCCCGGGGCGAGCGAGGAGCGAAAUCUCGAGGUGCGCGCGUGUGUCUGCGUGUCUGGGGCGCUGCGCGCUGCAGCGGAUGCUGGCCAGUAGCAAAUGACCAUGGACGCUCCCGGGCUUUCUUCCAGAGGUUUGCUGACCUGUCUCCUGCCUCCCCUGCUGCUGUUCUGUAGCUGGUCAGGUGCCAAAGGCCAAGAUUUGGAAGUUCUGCAGCCUCCAGGAGCCUUGUCUGUGUCCGCAGGAGAGACCCUCACUCUGACGUGUACAGUACGUGGAACUGGUCCACCAGGAGGCGUGAAAUGGCACAAGGGGUCGGACAGAAAGCAGCCCAUUUACAGUGAAAGAGGACAAUAUCCUUCCCGCGUGACCAGGGUUGUUGCUGGAUCACAAACAGACUUCAGCAUCCGCAUCAGCAACAUCCGACCUGAGGAUGCUGGGACCUUUUACUGUGUCAAGUACAGGGCAGGAUCCCAAGAAACAGAAUUUAAAUCGGGAGUGGGCACUGAGGUUUCCGUGAUUGCCACGCCAUCCCAGCCAUCUAUCGAGGGUCCCGCGAGCAGAGUGUUAUCUGGGACCUCGGCGACUUUCAACUGCACAUCGGAUGGAUUCUCCCCCCGAGCCAUCAAAGUCACUUGGCUGAAAGACAACACCAGGAUCGUGUCCCCAGAGCCCACCGUUCUGCCAGAAGGAGACAGCAUCUCCUACCAAGUGCUGAGCAGCGCACAGGUGCCACUCACAAGAGACGAUGUGAAGUCCCAGCUCAUCUGCCAGAUUGAACACGAGACCUUGCAGAGUCCCCUGCGGGAGUUUUUCAAACUUGGAGAUAUCCUACGAGUUCCACCCAGAGUGAAGCUGGAAGCCAACCCAGCCAACCCCGUCCCGCUGAACGAAUCAGUGACCUUCAGCUGCAGCGCAGAAGGGUUUUACCCAGAAGACACAACCUUGGCCUUGACUCUGAACAGCAGCCUGAGUGAAACAGGAACGGCUGAGCCCAUGGCGCAGAACGGGGAUGGGACAUUCACCCUCAGGAGCUCCCUGAAGCUGAAUGCCACGGAAGAAAGGAACCAGUCUGCAUUUACUUGCCUGGUUAUGCAAAACUCUCAGCCUGUAGCGACUGAAACGUCAGUGCUGAACAUCAGGGUGCUGACUGAAGGAAGUGAAAGCGUCAGUAUGGAGCCAGAUGAGAAGAAAAUCUACAUCAUCAGCGCCGUGGUUUGUGCCCUCCUGGUGGUAUUGGUGGUGACCAUCAUCUACUUCAUCCAUGCAAGGCAUAACAAGGCUUCAGCAGAUGGUCUUCUGAGCCCUUCUCAGCAAGGGAAAGAUAAAGAGCCCACAUCUGUGAGGCUGCACGAAUCUGAGAAGGCUUCUGGGGGAGCAAAUCAGGAGCCUGAUCCCAACAACGUCACCUAUGCAGACUUGAACUUCGAAAAGACGUCCAAGAAGAACCCCCAGCAGGUGGUCGAGAUCAGCCAGCAGUCUGAAUACGCCAGCAUCCAGACUGUCCCGCCAGCGCCCAACGACGAGAACGUUACCUAUGCAGAUUUGGACAUGGUCCACCUAAGCAAAGCUCCCAAGAGACCUGCCCCGCAGCCGGAGGAAACCAGCUCAGAAUACGCCAGCGUACAGGUUCGGGGCAAGUGAUCCCUGGCUGACGCCGUCAGCUCUCUGUGGCUUGCCGGCCCUCUUGCGGGGUUGUCGGAGACCUCCCUUGCUGGGGUUCGAUCCUUGGCCUUGUCUCCAGACUGGGUCUCAACUGAGGAGCAGUGGGAUUUGCCUGCCAAGGAGCGGUUCCUGCAGUUUCUUUGAGUGGAACUUAAUGUACGUAGCCAAGGUCAAGGAGGAAACUAAUUGGUGCUACACACAAUUGCAUCCUGGUACUUGGGCUAGUUCAUGGUGCCUCUUCAUCACCUGGUUAUCAGGUGGACGGGAGGUGCCUAGACCAACUAAGGAUCUAACACAGCUUUUAUCACUGGGACCAUAACUCUCUUCUUUCGAUUCAUCCAAACACGUCGCACGGAGCAAGUGGCGAGUUGUCACCUUGGAGGCAGGCGGGCCUCUCUCUUCAGCUUUGGCCAGCUAAAGGCCUUCUCUCCACUUCCUUCUGGGACAACCAAACCCUCUCAGAUGCCACCUUGAGAAGCUUUUCUUUUCCCUCACGGGGACUGAACAAAACCAAGUUGGCAGCCCCAGCUAGCUCUGUGGGGUGGGAAGAAGCAAGUGGACACUACCCACAUCAAGACUUGGUGGAAACACCCACUUCCCCAGGUCCUUCUGGGAAGAGGAGGAGGAAGAGGAGAAGCCUGCUUUCUUGCUCAUGAUGGCAUCUGAUUCACUUUGUAUCUCUCUAGUCCACAGAUAUAUUUUCCUCCCUCUCCCCCUGACAGUACGUCUUGGGACAGUGCCUCUUGGAGAUACAGCGGCUUGUUCUGGGCUAGCAGUUGCCAACCUGGUGUCCGCAUGAUGUUUCGGACUUUGACUCCCAUCACCUGUUGAUCUUGGUGGAGGUUGCCGUCCAAAGACAUCUGGUGGCACCAGGCUGGUGAAGGCUGUUCCAUGACAACCCAUCGAUCUUGCCUAACCCCAGGGGCCGAUCUCUGGCAAAGCCAAAUCUGUAGAACGCAUUUUAGGUGUGUCAAUCUGCUCCUCAUUUUUAUUUCUUUUUAAUCCGCCUUUUUUAUUUCAUCCCUACGUGUGUCUAGAAUUGGGGAGGGGUGACCUUGGACGUGUCUUGCAGCCUCUGUGAUAGGCCUUAGGAAAUACGAAGCCACGUUGAAGAAUCUUGUCCGCUCCCAUGUUCUGCCUGGUUCCUCGGCUGACCCCUCCCAGAUUUGGCUAAGUAGGGGCAGCAACCUUCACAACAGAACUAAGGCCUGCAAGAGGUGUGUGAGUGUGUGUGUGUGUGUGUGUGUGUGUGUGUGUGUGCGCGCUUCUGAAAGCUGAUUUUUGCCGCCGCCACCACCACUGUUGUGUGGUUAGAGAAGAGAGAGCUUCCAAGCCAGCCAUUCUCCAUCCUGGCAGAUCUCCAUCCGCUCGUAUCUUUCCUGCAAAGCCACUCCCUAACACAACACAAACACACUCACAAGCCCAACCUGCUACUCUGCUUGGGCUCCACCAUGGCUCGUUUUUCUUGCGGCCAUUUUGGGUCCGUUAUCAAUGUUGUUUUGCACAGUUCACAAAUGUGCAGUAGCCCCAAGCAGACAUUGGGGGUGCCCCACCGCAGGGGAACAGCAGUGAGUGAUCAUGGGGCAAUGACUGUUGAUAGAGGAGAGGAAAGGUGGUUUUGGGUGGAUGCCAGUAGAGUGGCUUAGCUGGACUGAUGGCCCAGCGGGGGCACCUUACUGGGAGCGGGUGGGGCGAAACUUCUCACGAGGCUACUAAAACAGGCAGCUCAUUGCAAGUUUAGAGUUUACACCUUUUGGCAGCCCAGAUUGCUCCCGCCCUCCCCAUGAUCUCACCCCCCGCCAUGCCAAGGGAACCUCCUCUUACCUUUCAGUCUUUCCUUCUUGGCUGAAUCCAUGCUGUUGUCCUCCCUUCCUCUGGUGGUCUUGCUCACUUUUCUUUCCGAAAGAGCCUUUGGGGUUGGGGUUGGGGGAGCACUUGGGAUAAGGAAUAGCACCUCUCUGCCCCCCAUGGGAAGUAGGGCUGCCCCCACCCCACCCUGCCCGAAACACCGUCGUACCACCUGUGUUGACUGUUCAGCAUUAUAACUGUUUACUCCUUUUAGAACUAAAAAAAAAACGAGGAAAAAAUACCAGUAUUUGUGUGUGUUCUUUGUAAGUGGGUGUAGUACUGUGUACUUAGCACUAGUGUGACAAGCACAAAAGCAAAGUUUAAAAAGGGAUAAAGUGCUGGGGAAGAGAGAGGGGGUCUCUUAAAACUUGUCCUCUCCCCCAUGGUGACAUGACCCACCAUAACCUACCCUGUGUGACUCCUGCUGCCAGUAACCAAAAUUCCUCUUCUUGUUUUUAUUUUAUUUUAUUUGUGGCUCUGUGUUCCUUUUAAAACAAAACAAAAAACUAAGGCAAUUUAGGAACUAACUGGCACUCUGCGGAAACAGAAGGAAGUGGGGGAGCGAGAACAGGAGGCAAGGGUUGCAGAGAAGUGACGUCUUCCAAAUUCUCUACUGCAGAUCUUCCUACCUUAAGUUUGACCCAAGCGGAUUACGAGAUCCAGGAUGAAGGCAAUCGAAACUCGGAAGAGUUUAGCCCGAUUUGCUAAUUCUUUAGCAAGAUGAGCAAAUCUCGAUGGGUUUCACAUUGAAAAGACACAGGGCAGGCCUCUCUUGUCACUUCCGUGUCUCAAAAAUGUGCCAGUGUCUUCUGGUGGAGACACAAAGUGGAACCAUCCAAGAGCACCUUCUCCUUUUUCCAGAAGGUGCCUAUUCACAAUGACGCUUCGGGACACGGGAGCAACUCCUCCUUGGGUCAGUAAAGCAGGGAUGGGUGAUAAUUGUGAUAAUUGUGACCCUCCUGAUGCACUUGGACUCAAAACUCCCAUCAGCCCCAUCCAACAUGGCCAGUGGGCUGAUGGGAGUUGCAGCCCAGAAGCAAUGGAAGGACCACAGUUUCCUUCACCCUUGCUCAAAAUAAAUGUGUGAUGGGAAGAGUUUUGGGACACUGAUGACAUUGCGCUUAAAAUUAAAAAAAAUAAAAUGCCCGUAGGCACUUGUAUUGCUAAUAUGAGAAAGGGGAGGUAUGAGUGUGGUUUGGGCAGAUACGGUUCUGGGAACGGCAAGCCAUGGUGGCAUCUCACCCUUCUGAGGUCACUUAGACAAGUCCUUUCGGCCACAUUCUCUUGGUUCCUUCCGUACACCAUGCAUAAGGACAUCGAGGCCAAAGCCAAUGGUUCAGGAGGCAAACAGCCGCUGUCCAAAAUGGCAGUCACACGUUCACAACUCUCCUCUCCCUCAGUAACUUACCCUCCAACUUAAGACCUGUACUGACAUCUUAAGACCUGUACUGAUGCUCUAUGGUUCCUCAUAUGGUUCCAUCGCGAUGCUCUAUGGUUCCAUCAUUGGCUGCUGGAAGAUGCAGGUUGCCAUGACACCAGGAUGUUCGUAAGCUAGCUGGGUGUUAUUUGAGAGAUGAGGAGGAAGGAAGACCUCUGGCUGCCAUUUUUGGCUUCCACAGCUUCUCCUGACAUUUACUUUGGUCCUUAGUCAAGGCAGAAAUGUCAUACCAGCUUCUCGGUUCCUCUGUUUCCAAACACUCCACUGCCACCCUCCUCCUCAGCGGUGUCGGAUGGGAAUGUGUAGAAGUUCAGUGGUACCCUAGCUUGGGAGAUGGAAUGCCAAGAGCUUUAGCCCAUAGUGGGAGGCUACAAACCACUCUAUUGAGCCUAGUCUCUUGGCCCUGGUUUUGCAGGGAGGAAAAUGGGACCAGGAAAAGAAAAUAGAAAAAUGAAGACGUAUUGGGAUAUAUUUGUUGUGGAUCAAAAAAAUUAUAGGUGACUGUUUGUAUGAAUUGCACCUUAAGUUCGUUUGGGUUUUUUUGUUGUUUGUUUUUGUUUUUCGCUUGCAAGAUAUUUUUGUAAUAAAAGCAUUCAAAGUUCUGCACCAA